GAACAGCGGGCACAGGCCCGGCCCGGCUGCGCAUGCGCCGAUCCCCGGGGCGCGCCCGCUCGAUGUCUCUGGCUGCGGCUGCCGCUGUCUGAUCGCUCCAGGCCAGAGCGAGCGCUGCCGGAGCGCGGCCCCCUCGCUGCCCCUCAGCAAGCGUCGCCGCCGGCAGGAAGCAUGUUCCGCAACCAGUACGAUAACGAUGUGACGGUGUGGAGCCCACAGGGGCGAAUUCAUCAAAUAGAAUAUGCCAUGGAAGCUGUGAAGCAAGGCUCAGCCACUGUGGGGCUGAAGUCAAAAACACAUGCUGUUCUGGUUGCUCUAAAGCGAGCGCAGUCUGAGCUGGCAGCUCAUCAGAAGAAAAUCCUGUAUGUUGACAACCAUAUCGGUAUCUCAAUUGCUGGACUUACAGCUGAUGCAAGACUCUUGUGCAAUUUUAUGCGUCAGGAGUGUCUGGAUUCUAGAUUUGUGUUUGAUAGACCUCUUCCAGUAUCUCGUUUGGUGUCACUAAUUGGAAGCAAAACGCAGAUACCAACGCAGCGCUAUGGCAGAAGACCAUAUGGUGUAGGACUGCUCAUUGCAGGUUAUGAUGAUAUGGGCCCUCACAUCUUCCAGACUUGUCCCUCAGCAAACUAUUUUGACUGUAAAGCCAUGUCCAUUGGUGCUCGUUCGCAGUCAGCACGAACUUACUUGGAAAGACACAUGACUGAAUUUACUGACUGUAAUCUAAACGAGCUAGUUAAACAUGGACUGCGUGCCCUAAGAGAGACUCUUCCUGCUGAACAGGAUCUGACCACCAAGAAUGUUUCCAUUGGGAUUGUUGGCAAAGACAUGGAGUUCACCAUUUAUGACGAUGAUGAUGUAGCACCAUUCCUAGAAGGCCUUGAGGAGAGACCACAGAGAAAGCCUGCUUUGCCUGCUGACGAGCCUGCGGAGAAGGCAGAAGAGCCCAUGGAGCACUAGUUGGUGGGCGGGUUCCUCUGUGCUGCCAUCCGUGUUGCUGCACUGGGGCUUUUAUCCACUGGUGGUAACUGUAUCCUCACCUGUAUGUCUCUUAUACUGACACGUUCUGAGGAUUGCUUUUAAAAACGAAAUAAACCAACUCACCUAUCCUUAAGGAGCUCA